UAAUAAUACAACGAUUGAUAGUAAUAUUACAAUGAUUAAUAGUAAUAAUACAACGAUUGAUAGUAAUAUUACAAUGAUUAUUAGCAAUAGUACAACGAUUGUUGGUAGUAUUACAAUGAUUAAUAGUAACAAUAUAACGAUUGAUAGUAAUAGAACAAUGAUUAAUAGAAAUAAUACAACGAUAAAUAAUAGUAAUACAAUAACAAAUAAUAGUAAUACAACGAUAAACAAUGAUAAUAUAACGAUAAAUAGUAAUAAUAAUUAA